AUGCAAACAGCAUUAUCAACCAUUAACAUUCCAGCUGACUUGCUUACUGCACGUACAAUUGCAACACCGACCAUAGCACCUCAUGUUCCUGCAAUUGAUCCUGAACUACCUACUAAUCCUGCAACACCCAAUGUACAUCAGAAUCUCUUAUUGCAUCAUGCGAUGCAGUCUACAGAGCCUCCUGCUCCCUCAGUCCCUGAUCCUCCAACCCAACCUCCAGGACCUGCUCCAGGAACGACACCUGUGGAUGAUUCUGAAACUUCACCAUCUGCAACACCGGCCGCGCCUCCAGUGCGCGAUAUUACACCUGACGGAGACAUAUCUGUAGUAGAAUCGACCACAUCCAACACCUCGACGCCACGAACCCGGACACCUACAAUACCAGCCCAAGAGUUACCAGCAAUAUCCGAGGCAGAGCGAGAACGCCUCAAGUACCCAGGCUCUCCGGAGAAUUGA